AUGAUAGAGGAGAUUUUUAUAGUUAGGCACGAUGGAAAGAUAUUGUAUGGAGAUACAGGUAAGUAUUUUGGAAGCAUUGGGGAUGUUGUGAGUGAAGAUGAAGGUGCUCAGCUGUUAAGAGUGAGGAUGAAUGAUGUGGUUGUUGGAGUAUUGUACAAAUCGAUGAGCGGCAUUUCUGCAUUGAAGUACUUAGAGCGGCUUCGAAUACGGCUAGAAAGGAGUAUAGGCAUGAUUUGCGAGAAGAAUGUAUUGGGAAAUUAUUUUCAACUGUUUAGAAUUAUCAGUAAACCCGAGAAAGAGGUACGUGAUGGCAGAGGAAAACAUUUUUUUGCAGGCAUAAGUAAUUACAAUGGGUAUUUGGAUGUUUUUGAGAGGCAUAAUGCAAUAGUGGAUAGAGACCGGAUAGUUAUGAAUAAAGCUGAAGGAAGUGUAUACUUAAAGACUGUUUUUGGAGAAGAACGGAUGAUUAAGAUUGCGAUUGAUAAAUUGGAUGCACAAACGAUCGAAUACAAGAGUAAUGAAGUGAUUCACAAUGAAGUAAAUGGAAUAAAGAUAGAGAUCAAAUCGAGUGGGAUCGAGAGUGAGGUGUUUAGGUAUUAUGCAGUAAGGAACAUGCGCCCUUUAGUAAUAGUGUAUGAAGAAGAAGGAGGAUAUGUUGUGAAAUGUAGCAAACCCACGAAGUUUGACGAGCUUGUGGUUUUUUUACCAGUGCCCAGGGAGGCAUUGAAGGUUGUUCACCGGCAUAAGGCAGGAAGUAGUGUAUAUGAUGAGGUGAACAAUGUGGUGAGAUGGGAUUUAUCUGGUGUGGUGGUGAUGAGUGAAAAGAUUGAGUAUUAUGCAGAGGGUUUUGGUGUAAGAGAAGACAUGAGAUCGAUUAGAGUCCACUUUAUGGCUAAGGAUUGGAACGAUUGCAUGGUAAAGAUUGAGAGUGCAGAGUGUGUUGAACAUCCAAUGAACUUCUGGAUAAGGUAUGCGGUGGUGAGUGGGAAGUACGAGAUGCGAGUGGAUAUGAAUAAAACGAAAGGCAAAACGGACAAGGCUUGUGUGGGAAUCGAACCCACGCCUACUGAUUACGAAUCAGUCGUUUUGCCACUUAACUAA